CUCAGCACUCUGUCUCCUCUCCAUUUGUGCAGGUAUAGUGGAGUCAGCGCUGUUCAAACCUCUGCUGUUCGCGCACGGUAGCACCCUCAACAAGAAGUCAGGCGAGAUAGAGAGUAGAGAGAAAAAGAGCAAAGCCCACACGUCAGGGAUGCCGAAGCGCAAGGCCGACGAGGAGGGGUCCGGGGGAGAAGAAGAGGAGAGGGGGGCCACCACCACCGACGACGGCGAGACUGGGAAGAGAAGUUCCGCGAACACCGGUGCUGCAGCCGGUAGCAGCAGCGGCAGCAGCAGCAAGAAAGCGAAGAAGCAGAGCGAUGGCUCCGGCGUCAGCAACAAGAUAGAGCUCGGCAACAAGAAGUUCGUGGACGUGCGUGAGUUUAAGGGCAAGAUUUACGUGGACAUCCGUGAGUACUACGAGAAGGACGGGGAGAUGAGGCCCGGGAAGAAGGGCAUCUCGCUUUCCACGGAACACUGGGAGGUGCUCAAGGAGAACAUGGACGACAUCAACGCAAAGGUCGAAGAGCUAAGCGGUUGACGAGCACAAGUGGGAAGAAAUGAAGAGGGGGAUAUGCAGAGGGGAAAGGGGAUUAGAGGGGUAGCGAUGGGGUGG